CUCGCCCAUAGAGGAAGUGCUUCUGCCUGCUCUGUACCCACGUGGGUUAAAGCUGCGGAUGGGGGGCUUUUUAGCUGGUAUUGGUGGAGGAUAGAGAUACAGAAAAAUGGCUCUGGCAGCCUGUCGGAUAAGCAGAUGUUCACUUUUAAAUCUUAGUAAUUAUGUCAGUUUUUCCAACACUGUAAGAGACUCCACAGCAAUAGCCCAAAUAAUGCUAAAGAGAAAGGAGACGGCUCAAGUGAGGCACUUUGUCAGUCAAUUUCACAUCAUUGAUACAACAUGGAGCUGCAUUUUACUUUCUGGAAAAAGGUUUGCCCAGUUCAGCACUCAGAUUGAAACCCCAGUAUGUCAUCCAGAUAGUAAUCUGCCUUCUGCCAGCCUACAUUUAAAGCAGGAGAAUGCUGUUCUACCCAUUAUACAGAUGGAAGCACUGCCAGAAGUUUUGGAGGGUGCGCCUCCCUUGUCCCCUUUGGAAGAAAUUACCGAAAAUGAAGCUGCGCAGAUCGAAAUAGAUAUUCCAAUUCCUCCAGAGUCAUUCUCACUUCGAGACUAUGUGGAUCGUUCAGAGACCUUGCAGAAACUUGUUUUGCUUGGUGUUGAUUUAUCCAAAAUUGAAAGGCGCCCCAAUGUAGCAAAUUUUCUGUUGAGAUUAGAUUUUGAAAAAGAUGUGAGCAAAGUCCUCUUUUUCUUGAAGGAUGUUGGCUUAGAAGACAAUCAGCUUGGUCAAUUUCUAACAAAGAAUCCUUUCAUUCUCAGCGAAGAUCUGGACAAUCUUCAAAAAAGGGUUGCUUACCUGAGGAUCAAAAAAUUCAGCAAAGAAGCCAUUAGCAGUAUUGUUGCACGAGCUCCCUAUUGGCUGAACUUUUCAGUAGAGAGACUGGAUAACCGUCUAGGCUUUUUCCAGAAAGAACUCGGGCUCAAUGCGGAAAACACUAGAGACUUGAUAACUCGCUUUCCAAGAAUGGUGACUGGAAGCCUUGAACCUAUUCGGGAAAAUCUGAAGGUGUUUGAAAUUGAGUUGGGCUUCCGUAAGAAUGAAAUACAACAUAUAGCAUUGAGGGUUCCCAAAAUCCUCACCAACCAUAAGAACAGACUUACAGAAACGUUUGAUUAUGUGCACAAUACAAUGGGAAUCCCUCACCACAUGAUUGCCAAAUUUCCACAGGUUUUUAAUACAAAGCACUUAAGGCUGAAGGAGAGACACCAGUUUCUUACAUUUCUGGGAAGGGCGACGUAUGACCCAUCGCAACCCAACUACGUGUCUCUAGACAGAUUAGCAUCUCUGCCUGACAACUUGUUUUGUGAAGAGGUUGCCAAAGCAACAGUUGAAGAGUUAGAAACGUUCCUAAAAACACUUUAAUUAAAUUAUUUAUUCAAACCA